AUGAAGUACGGAAGUCUUAUCUUCACUGAAGAGAGGAGGGAAUUCCGACAGGCCCAUCACUGGAAUUCCUAUGUCAGGUCUGAUGUUCUUCGAUCAGAGUAUUCCGAAGGACAUUGGAUCAUGUCGGGUGAUACCAAGAAGAGUUGGGAUCAGUGUAUGAAUGACAAGAAGGCUGCCACUGCCAAGAAGCGUGAUCUGUGGGAAGAGUCCGACGAUGUAGAGAGAGUGACUGAGUGUGCGAGCAUCAGUACAUUCGCUUACAAAGAGUGCAUCGCCAAACAGUACACUAUCGACAUGAUGGACAAGAAUGCAGUGAUCGAGGCCUUCUCACCUUUUUUCAAGCACCCGCACAUCAUGGAUCCCAGCAUGGAUUGGGAAGAAUUGUCAGACAAGACCAAAAGGGGGUGUUCCUACCAACAUUAUCACAGCAACUUCUUUCGUUCGUCCAAAGGUGAGUGUUCUCCCCUCCCGUGGUGUAUUGAGAAGUACAUCAAGCAGUGCUACGGUGGAGCCGGUGCCCUCUACACCGGUUUCAAGACAAAGAGACAGAGAGCGGCGGAGAAGUACGCCGGCAAGAAGGCAAAGAAGAUCACCAUGUUGGAAGCGAAGAUUGCAAAUAAGAGAGCUUUUUCGAAAUCGAAAGGAAAGGAAAAUGAGGUUUCCAGUUCCAAUUCGGAGUAG